CGUGGCGGUUCGAACCGAAUUGUGAUACCGAGACUUAGUUUAGCUUGCGUUUACCUCUCGUCUCCGCGGGUCAGUUAGGCUCGCGCUUUCGAGCCGCCAGCACCGGUUGUGUUCUCUUUCUUUCUUUAUCUCCCUCUCUUUCUUUCUCUCUCUCUUCCUUCGCCGUAAUCUUUUUUGAUCGCGUCCCGACGUCUCUCUUGGCCCCCUUUUCGCGAAUUCUAGCGAUUAUUUUUUUUUUAACUUCUUUCGGUGCGAUCGUCCCUGGCUGCGCGAGGCAGAUGCAAACCAACGAUCGUCGAAGAGGAUAGUCCUCGAUUUGGACCAGACUGAGUCUCGCCGUUUCCGAGAUGUGGACCGUACACUGCCCGAAUUUAGUGUUCAUCGUCUUCGUAUUCUUACCUUCCAUCGCGAGAGGUAUCCCGGAUUAUUCUGGACUGCCAAUAGGACCAUAUUGCGCCUCGAGGUAUCCUGGGGGCAGCUGUUGCCCAGGACGACAGGAUGAUUGUAGCGCACCGAUUCUCACGACGUUGUGCUACUGCGAUGAUUUUUGCGAUCGAUCCCGCGAAGAAGACUGCUGUCCGGAUUACUGGUACCAUUGCAGAGGGAUCGUGCAGAAUGUCACGUCACCACCCGAGGAGAUAAGAAGAUGCUACUUCCAGGGAAGAGAGUACAAUCAUGGACAAACGUUAAAAGUUAAUUGUAACACAUGUAAAUGCUCCUCGCUUGGUAAACGCGCCGAAGUGCUCUGUGAGGAGAACCGAUGUUUGAUCGAGCCGGAAUUAAUGGAGGAAAUCCAUUUGCAAGGACCUACUUUAGGAUGGCAGGCAGGCAAUUAUUCCGAAUUCUGGGGAAGAACCCUUAAGGACGGCGUACAACUUCGUCUUGGUACUCUCAAUCCUUCGCAAUCCGUGUACAAAAUGAACCCGGUACGACGUAUUUAUGAUCCGGAUGCACUGCCACGAGAGUUCAACUCCAGAACGCGCUGGCCACGCGAUAUAUCUGACAUUCACGAUCAAGGAUGGUGCGGCGCAUCCUGGGCCGUGUCCACCGCCGAUGUCGCAUCUGAUAGAUUCGCUAUCAUGAGUAAAGGCGCCGAAACCGUGGAGCUAAGCGCACAGCAUCUGCUCUCUUGUAACAACAGGGGGCAACAAGGCUGCAAAGGCGGAUAUCUCGAUCGUGCCUGGCUUUUUAUGAGGAAAUUCGGACUAGUGGACGAGGAGUGCUAUCCUUGGACUGGUAGAAAUGAUCAAUGCAGACUACGUAAAAGAAGCAAUCUAAAGACCGCUGGUUGCCAAAACCCGCCAAACUCGCUAAGAACUGAGCUGUACAAGGUCGGCCCGGCCUAUCGUCUAGGCAACGAGACUGACAUUAUGCAGGAAAUCCUGACCUCCGGACCCGUGCAAGCUACCAUGAGAGUCUACCAGGACUUCUUCGUUUAUCAGAGCGGAGUAUACAGGCACUCUCGAAGCGCAGAAUUGCACGAUUCCGGUUAUCAUUCGGUAAGAAUAAUCGGAUGGGGUGAGGAGCCGUCUUAUCGCGGUCCACCGCUCAAAUAUUGGUUGGUCGCGAAUUCCUGGGGACACAACUGGGGAGAGAACGGACUUUUCAGGAUUCAAAAGGGAACGAACGAGUGUGAGAUCGAGUCGUACGUGUUGGCGGUGUGGGCCAAGACAAUAUAAAAAAAUAAUAUUAAAAAAAAAUAAAAUAAAAUACCAAAGUACUAAAAUAUCCGACAAUUGUUGGUGCAUUUAUUGAAUCUCUGUCAUUGAUCCGUCGUUGUGAGCAAUGACGCGAUUAUCUCGAAAACGAGAAACGAUACGAUACAUCGAUUUUUGAAAGUAUAUGUGAUCCAGUGCCCAGUGCCUCCAUAUAUACCUUAUUAUAUAUAAGAUUGAAAGGAAGGGAGGGAUAAAACGGGGAUAAAAUUGUUUAUAAAUAUUUAAUCUAAGUACAAACAUAUAGUCGAGAAAAAUAUCGUCGUUAUUUUCUCGUUAUUUGUAGACAACACAAUAAAUAGAUAGAAACGCCCGCUUCGUAAUGAUUUCAGAAUCGACAUUACUGCGAAAAUCAUGUAAUAUUCAUAUGUCAAUGAAUUGAAAUUUGUGUAAUAAGUACUAAGUGCCAUGCGCUUGAAAUAAAUUUUGUAAGUACA